UUCGGUAGACACGCCCUAGCUGUCGAUCACUCUGUCCCCAUCGGUCUCAAUCUUCGCUCGAUCUCUCUCUGGUAGCGGUGUUGGACGGAGCAAUAAGAUGACGACGAUUCUCCGGUCUCUGUCCUCGGCCGCUGGCCGGAGGCUUCGCUUCCUUUCGACGGCGAACUGUUCCUCCCUCUCCGCCGCCGCCGUUGCAGCUUCGCGCACCACCACCACCACCACCACCUCCGCCAUCUUUCGUCCGUCCCCCACCACCGUCAAUCGGAUAUCAGGAUUCUCAGAUUGCAGUCUUCCUCUUACAUUGAACUUUAGGCGUGCAUUCUGUUCAAAUGUAAGCCAGUUGCCUGCCAUAUCUGACUCUGACAUAGAAGCUGCAUUCAAGGAUUUAAUGGCUAUGAACUGGGAUGAAAUUCCAGAUUCUGUUGUAAAUGAGACAAAAAAGGCACUAUCUAAAGUUACUGAUGAUAAGGCUGGCCAAGAGGCUCUGGCAAAUGUCUUUCGUGCAGCUGAGGCUUCAGUGGAGUUUGGUGGGGUUCUAGUUAGCCUCAGAAUGGCACUUGAUGAUCUAAAUGGGUUAACUGGGGAGAAUGUGGGACACUUACCUGAUUAUUUGGAAGAUGCCAUAAGAGCCGCAUAUAAACGCUACACAGCAUAUCUAGAUUCUUUUGGCCCUGAUGAGCCAUAUUUGCGGAAAAAAGUUGAAACAGAGUUGGGAACAAAAAUGAUACACUUGAAGAUGAGAUGCAGCGGCAUUGGUUCUGAGUGGGGAAAGGUUACACUUCUUGGCACUUCUGGGCUUUCUGGGUCCUAUGUAGAGCUUAGAGCAUGAGAAAGAUGCUGGGAGGGUGGCUGGGUCCUAUGUAGAGCUUAGAGCAUGAGAAAGAUGUUGGAUACUUAUGGAUGUUUAUGAGCUAUGCUGACAUUUGAUCAGUUCAUCUCAAGUUGUGCUAUAAAUAUGCAUCUUCGAAUAAUAAAUAUGCAUUUUGCAGUUUUGGGUUGGAAAUGACAUUACUUCUGAACCCCAGAAUUUCAAUUGAUUGCUUGAGGCUUCCAUUAUUUUGUUGCUGUCAUGCGAUGGGUGUAUAUAUCAUGCUAAUGAUGGUACUUAAGCCUUUUUAAUUUA